AUGGGUCUCACAUUCAAUGUCUUUCUCGCUGUAUUUGCUGCCACGGGUAGCUUCCUCUUCGGAUAUGACAGUGGAGUCAUGACCAUUGUGAUUAAGUCACCCAACUUCCUCGACUACUUCAAUACGACUACUACUUCGGCCACGAUUGGGGCAAUCAAUGCAACAUUUUCUGGUGGAGCAUUCUUUGGCUCGCUCAUGCAAGGGAGGACUGACUAUGGACUCCCUCGGUAA